GCAGAUUCUCAAUUUGCCUAGAUGGGUUAUUGUCAUCUUUUCCAUUUUCAUCACCCUCAGCCAAAUCCACUCGCAUCCAGAACAGAUACAACCAAACAUCAGAUAAUCUCAAAAUUGAUCACUAUCUAACCAAAAUGCUUCACAUUUGGAAGAGUCAGGGGAUACAGUCCCAAGAAACAGCACUGAAACCACAAGCUCUGGUUUUGCUAGCAGGACUAUUCUGCUUCAUAGCUGCUUCUAUAUCCAGCGCAGGUGGGAUUGGAGGUGGAGGUUUGUUUAUCCCCAUACUGACCAUUGUGGCAGCUCUAGACCUCAAAACUGCUUCCAGUUUCUCAGCUUUCAUGGUCACAGGAGGUUCAGUUGCAAAUGUUAUCUACACUUUGUGCACCACAAGUGAAAAGUUUGGUGGUAAGACUUUGAUAGACUAUGACAUAGCACUCUUAUCAGAGCCUUGCAUGUUGCUAGGAGUGAGCAGAGGAAUCAUCUGCAAGCUUGUCUUCCCAGAGUGGUUGAUCACUAUCCUAUUUGCUUUAAUCUCUGUUCUGCUUCCAUUGUUUUCUUCAAAUGUCCUCCCAAUGGCAACAUCACCGGGCGGAGGCGGCAGUGUUUACCGGGCCAACUUCAAACGCCUCUCCACCCAAAUCACCUCAACCAAGGAGGGAAUUGUAACUCAUCUUGCUACUGCUAUGGUUGCCAAAGAAGUGAUAGAACAACCUAAUGUCAACCUUGAAUCCCUAAAACAAGUGAUAUUAAAUCUUUCUAAUGCUUCUACUGCCUUAUCUAUUGCUCCGGGUACCAAACCUUGGUAUUUUGAUUCUGGUUGUUGUAACCAUAUGUCUUCAAUUACUACUCAUUUCUCUUCAAUGUCGCCUAAUAAUUCCUUUCCUGAUAUUUAUUUUGCUAAUGGUUCCCCUAUGAAUGUUCAUCACAUUGGCAAUGUUUCUACAAAGUCAUUGACUUUACCAAAUGCCCUUUUAGACCCACAAACAGGACAACUUCUUGGAACUAGUCGCAAGCACUCACGACUCGGACAUACCUUAGUCGGUAAACUUCGUCCACUUAUCUCUCGUGGUUUAUUAGGAUCAGUUCCGAAUGAAUUUGUGCAUUGUGUGUCAUGUCAAUCUGCAAAGCAACCAGCUUUAUCUUUUUCGAGUAGUCAUUCUCAUUCUACUGCUCCUUUUGAUCUUGUGCAUUCUGAUGAUUGGGGUCCAUCUCUUACACCCACCAUGGGGGUUUCAAGUCGCAUUCCAUCAUCAGUCCUUAAUAACCAAUCUCCAUAUGAGCGUCUACAUGGUACAUCUGAUGAGCUCUACGAUGCCUCAUCACAUGCUCCAACUAAUUCUGUAGAAGAUGACCUACCUGCUGGUAAUGCAUUAGAUAAUUUUGAGCCUUCUUCUACUUCCUCAUCUGUAUCACCUGUUGAUUCUACAAAUGAGCUUGUUGUCCCAUCCUCGAGUCAUCCUACUCGGGUAAAAAACCCUCUCAACUUCCUUCGUGACUAUCAUUGUUUUCCUGCUAUUACUUCGUUAUAUGAGCCUCAAUCCUAUCAAGAGUCCUCUUCUAACCCUCUUUGGCAACAAGCUAUGCAAGAUGAAUUACAAGCUCUUGAGAACACUCGUACAUGGGAUUUAGUUGAUCUCCCUACUAAAAAAUCUCUAAUAGGGUGUAAAUGGGUGUACAAGAUCAAAACAAGAUCUGAUGGUUCUGUGGAGCAUUAUAAGGCACGCUUGAUGGAUGUGAAAAAUGCUUUUCUUAAUGGUGACCUAGAAGAAGAAGUUUAUAUGAAACCACCUCCUAGGCUCAACCAUCCUCCAAAUAAGUUUAGUGCUAUUGUGAGUGUGUUUGGUUUUACUUCCAGUCCACAUGAUACAGCUUUGUUCAUUCGUAAGACUGCUCGGGGUAUGGUUCUUUUACUUCUUUAUGUUGAUGACAUGAUUAUUACUGGAGAUGAUGUCGCAGGUGUUGAGGAGUUAAAACAAUCUCUCAGUCAGAAAUUUGAGAUGAAAGAUCUUGGUGUUCUGAGCUAUUGUUUGGGGCUUGAAGUGACCUCUUCAGAUGAUGGCUACCUACUUUCUCAAGUAAAGUAUGCCUCUGAUCUUGUUUCUAAAGCUAAACUCAAUGAUGGUAAGAGUGUUUCUACACCUCUUGAACCUAAUGUUAAGCUUACACCUAUGGAUGGCUCUCCACUUUCUAAUCCUACUCGCUAUCGGCAAUUGGUUGGUAGUCUAGUUUAUCUUACUACGACACGCCCUGAUAUAGCAUAUGCAUUUCACAUUGUUAGUCAGUUUAUGGCUGCUCCUCGCUCCACUCAUUAUGCAGUAGUACUUCGCAUUAUUCACUAUGUUAAGGGAAUAUUAUUUCAUGGACUCCAUUUUUCUGCCAACUCCUCCCCUGUGCUUUGCGCUUACUGUGAUGCUGAUUGGGCCGGUGAUCCUUCUAAUCAUAGAUCUACCACUGGUUACUGUCUUUUCCUUGGUAAUUCUCUUAUCCUUGGCGAAGUAAGAAACAAGCUAUUCCAUCUCGCUCUAGUACUAAAGCUAAGUAUAGACCUCUCAGGGAUACCACAUCAGAACUUCUUUCAUUGUGGUGGCUUCUUGAAGAUAUGGGCAUUCCUCAACCUUCUUCUACUGAUUUAUAUUGUGAUAAUCAAAGUGCUAUGCAGAUUGCUCAUAAUGAUGUCUUUCAUGAACGCACUAAACACAUUGAGGUUGAUUGUCACUUUAUUCGCCAUCAUGUUGCACAAAGAACUGUUCAUUUGGUUUUCGUUAGCUCCACUAAUCAACUAACAGAUCUCUUUACCAAAGCUCAUUUUCUUGGACGCUUUCGUACUCUUCUUUCCAAACUCAAGUUGGUUUCAUCACAACCACCUUGAGUUUGAGGGGGGAUAUUAAGAUGUGAACACAAUUAUAUUUAGAAUUAUUAUAAAUAUUUUAAUACUUU